AUGCACAUAGCAAGAGAGCUUACUGUGUUCGCCUUGUCCCACCCACUCUCCUGCUGGCCUCACCCUCUCUCCCCACCCCUCCCAGGCCCUGCUCUCCUCUCCCCUUCAUUCUGCUUCACCCCAUCGGCCUUGCCCAUCCUUCUUGGUCCUUCCCUCCUCCCUUUCCUUCAGCUCUGGCCCUUCUCUCCACAGAAGAAUGAAUACCUGCUCUCCCUGCUGGCGGAGGAGAGGGACACGCUGCUGCUCAGCCUGAGGUACUCACCCACACAGCUGCACUUCCUGUUUCUCACGGAGGACUUGGCUGGUGCCUGGCAGACCCGUGUGUCCUUCAGGAGCCCCGGCCUCGUGGACAGCCAGUGGCACACGCUGAUCUUGGCUGUGUCCCAAGGAUCCUUUUCUCUCACUGUGGACUGUGGCCUCCCAAUAGACAUAAUGGCUGAUGUUCCCUUCCCACCCACCCUAUCAGUAAGAGGAGCCCGGUUCUUCAUUGGCAGCCGGAAGAGAACCAAAGGCCUAUUCACAGGCCUGAUAAGGCAACUGGUUCUGCUGCCUGGUUCAGAUGCCACCCCAAGGCUGUGCCCCAGCAGGAACGCCAGGCUGGCAGAGCUGUCCAUUCCCCGGGUGCUGAAAAGGCUCACAGAGAAGCCUGAUGACAACGAGGUGCUGAAAUAUCCCUAUGGUUAGUAAGCGGGGCUUGCUUCCCACCCCGGCAGCAUCUGGGAGCACAGGCUCCUUUCCCAGCCUCUCCAAUGUGCAUCUCUCAGAAGGGCAGUGGCCAGGAGGACACUCGGGUCCAUCAAAAGGGUCGGUUCCUUUGAACUGUCCCUCCCUUGAAGGGCUAUACUUGGACAGCCUACAAGUAGGACAUGCACCUUUCUUAGUCUCCUGGGCAGAUGGUAGGCAUGGCUUACAUCAGGAAGGCUCCCUCCUCUAGACCACUGGCCAGCAAUUGCCCAUAUCUCCCAGCCACUCCCUGCAGCUUAUCCUAAAGUCCAGCCCACACCAAGACCUAGCUCUGUUUCCUACCAGCCCUUCCAGCCCUUGACUUCUUCUGGACAUGCUUCUCCCUGGUUCUUACCCGCUCUGUUCUAGUGUUGGGUUGCAAUGUUAAGCCAUUUAUAAAAAUAACACCCCCUGCUGUAUAGAACCUGAAAGUCCUUCCCCAACUACCCAUAUACCGCUGCUCUGUGGAAAGAAGAUGAGGUGAAGGACAGCCAAGUCCCCAAAGUGUAUGGUUCUCAAAUAAUAAAUAAAUGAAAUCCCCAUCCAAA